GAGGCUGGAUGCUUGCCCAACAUGGCGGCGCGCUAGGAGCGUAACAUCUGCGUUUCUAGGCGCUUCCCCCUGCGGGUGGUUUAAGACUCUGGAGUUAAUAGAGGCCUACUCCAGACCGGUCGUCUGGAAGAAACUUUGACUUCAGUUAUGGCUCUGAGUAAAUCAAUGCAUGCAAGAAAUAGAUACAAGGACAAACCUCCUGACUUUGCAUAUCUGGCAACCAAAUACCCAGAUUUUAAGCAGCAUGUUCAGAUAAAUCUGAAUGGAAGAGUGAGUCUUAAUUUUAAAGACCCCGAAGCAGUCAGAGCUCUGACCUGUACUCUUCUAAAGGAAGAUUUUGGACUUUCUAUUGAUAUUCCAUUGGAAAGACUGAUUCCUACGGUUCCCUUGAGACUCAACUACAUUCAUUGGGUAGAAGAUCUGAUUGGUCAUCAGGACUCUGACAAAAGUACUGUCCGAAGAGGAAUUGACAUAGGUACUGGGGCAUCCUGCAUCUAUCCUUUACUUGGAACAACCUUAAAUGGCUGGUAUUUCCUUGCAACAGAAGUAGAUGACAUGUGCUUCAACUAUGCAAAGAAAAAUGUGGAACAGAAUAAUUUAUCUGAUCUUAUAAAAGUGGUAAAAGUGCCACAGAAGACACUCCUGAUGGAUGCUCUUAAAGAAGAAUCUGAGAUAAUCUAUGAUUUUUGCAUGUGCAACCCUCCUUUUUUUGCCAAUCAGUUGGAAGCCAAGGGAGUAAACUCUCGAAAUCCUCGGAGACCUCCACCUAGUUCCGUAAAUACAGGAGGUAUCACAGAAAUCAUGGCAGAAGGAGGUGAAUUAGAGUUUGUUAAAAGGAUCAUCCAUGACAGUUUACAACUUAAAAAAAGAUUAAGGUGGUAUAGCUGUAUGCUGGGGAAAAAAUGCAGCCUGGCUCCUCUGAAGGAAGAACUUCGCAUACAAGGGGUUCCUAAAGUCACCCACACUGAAUUCUGUCAAGGUCGGACAAUGAGAUGGGCUUUAGCUUGGAGUUUUUAUGACGAUGUUACAGUACCAUCACCACCUAGUAAGCGAAGAAAAUUAGAGAAGUCAAGGAAACCCAUUACGUUUGUAGUGUUGGAAUCUGUGAUGAAAGAAUUGUCCCUCAAAGCAUCAUCUCUGGGCUCUGAGACAGUGGAAGGCAUAGUAGUAGUGACAGCAUGGAUUGAAAAAAUCCUCACCGACCUGAAGGUCCAGCAUAAGCGAGUUCCCUGUGGAAAGGAAGAAGUUAGCCUUUUUCUAACCGCAAUAGAAAACUCCUGGAUUCAUUUAAGGAGAAAGAAAAGAGAACGAGUGAGACAAUUGAGAGAAGUUCCCCGAGCUCCUGAGGAUGUCAUCCAAGCCUUGGAGGAGAAAAAGUUCACCCCCAAAGAGUCUGGCAGUAGCCAAGAUUUGGCCCAGGGCCCCCAGGAGGGUGUCCCCUGUGGGCCUGCCGCACAGGAAGGCGAGUCUGCCACUGUUGAGGGCCAUUGCUCAAACCAGGAUCUCCUUUCCCAGGAAGAAAACCCAGAACCCAUGGAGGAUGAAAGGAGUGAGGAAAAGGGAGGGGUGGAGGUUUUGGAGAGUUGUAAAGGCUCUAACAAUGGAGCCCAGGACCGAGAGGCUUCUGAGCAGUUCAGCAGUCCAGUGUCUGAAAAAGGGAGCCAUCUCCAAGGAGUGGCUGGACAUUACCUGUUCAAGUGUUUGAUAAAUGUAAAGAAGGAGGUGGAUGAUGCUUUAGUUGAAAUGCAUUGGGUUGAGGGCCAGAACAGGGAUUUGAUGAACCAGCUUUGUACCUAUAUACGUAACCAAAUUUUCAGGCUUGUUGCUAGUUAACUUCUUGCACGGUUGGGAAAGUUUCUAUAAAGUAGCCUGCUGCGGGGUGGCAAGGGGCAUUCCAUCAUAGGCCCACUGGUAACAUUAUGUGCAAUUAUCUUAAAAAAACAAAACAAAACAAAUUAAUCUAUUUUAAAACAGUCCCCACCCCCCUUUUUAAAGUUAUUAGGCUUUAGUAUGGUAGUUCAUGAGGAAAAAUUGUUACCAGCAUCAACAAAAAGCUAUCAGUAAACUCAGGAGGGAUUUAAACCUGACUUAAGUUGACCACCUUAGCUUUAGGCUGAGGCCAGAAGGAUUGUGUUUGGAGUCUGGUCUGGGUCCGAACUACAGAGCACUCGGCUCCGCCAUCUCUAGUUGCUUCUUGAGGAGGGGUGGCUUUCUCGUUCUCUGAAUGGAGGCAGUAUACCGGACAGAUGGGCCCUGUGCCCACUUCUAGAGUCACCUGCAAGACUUCUCUGGGUCCAUAGGAUUGAUUAUCCCUGCGUCAGGGAGAGAAAGCUUAGUAAUGCCAGGAAGAAGGACUGACCUGGGAGGGUGCCUGUAAGAUGUCACAUUCCUGACUCAUGUCUGUUUUGAUGCUGCAUAUUUCAGAAACAGAAUUAGGUAAGCCAGACUCCCACACUAUGUGACUGAGACACAGCAGAGUGAAACCAUACCCCUACCUCCAACCUGUUUGAAAGUACUGUUUUGUAGCGGUUUUACUGAUGUAUGAUUUUUUUCUUUUGACAUUUGAAGUGGAGCUUUGUUUUAUUUUUAAUAUAAGAAUAUCCAGAAUUGAAUCUGUCAAUCCUGUUUGAAUUCUGGGAUUGGGGGGAAUAUUUUCGUAGCUUUCAAUGGAUAAAUGACUGAUGACAGAAAUAAGAAAUGGAGCAAGAUAGUUAUGAACAGUAGGUUGCUUAAGAAAGUCUCAUCUCUUGCCAGAGAAGUUGUAGCUGAUCAAAUACUGCUUUUUGUGGGUUCCCUUGUAGUCUCUUCGGUGCCUGCCUGUUUGCACUGGAGAAUUCUGAGGCCAGCGUGACCAUGUUCUUAUAACAUGUUUCUCAUUGGAGUGUCUCAGGGCGCAGCAGGAAUGCCUCUGGAAAGGGGGUCUCUUGGUGUCUCAGUUACCCUCUGCUGUGCUUAACUUUCGCACCUUGAGUUUGAUUUUACACCAGUGGUCUAAGGCUCUGUCUAGACUGAGUGAGUCCAGUGCCAGAGCCCCUUUUCGUUGCCACAGAAAAGACUGGGGCUGAGUACUUAAGCCAUGCUUUUGAAAGGUGGCUAUUGGUUAGGGCAGAAAACUGAUGAAAUUGGCCUGUCUUGGCAGCACCUAAACCUGACCUUCAGCAGAGAUAAAAGAACUAAAAAUAUGACUCUAUUGUACUUCCCUCUGUCAGUAGAGACAGAGCUGCCCAAGAAAACAUAUUAACUAGCGUUCUUCACUAGAAGUCCAAGGACCUCUAGAGAAUCCAUAAACCUCCUGGAUUAUUUCUGAAAGUUCUGUGAACACCCCCCCCACCCCCCUUCAGAGAGAAGAACCUCUGACAAGGUGAGAAAACUAGUCCCAGGGUCACACAGAGUAGCAUGUGCUCAUUAAAGAUUUGGAAAAUGAGAGUAGAAAACAGCAACAAAAUCACCAAAUACCAAUAAUGGGUAUUUUAAUGUUUCCUUCUAUCUCCUUUUCUAUAGAUGAUCUGGGUGUGCAAGGGUGUGGGCUUAACUCUGGUUGUACUCAUGCUGUGUAUUUAUUACACUUCUCUUCGUUUAACGUCUUGUAUUUUUCUGUGUUAGAACAGUAGUAUUUACGUACCCUCCUUGCCUGUUCAAAAUGCAUUUCAGGCACAGUACUAACGUUCGUUUAAGUCUGGGACUGCACCAGUGUCUGAGUUCUGACAAGUAAUAAAACUGCAAGAUGUGGAAAAGGUGCAAAAGCCUGUGGAAAACCCAAGGCCUCUUAAAAAGGGAGUAGGUAGCCCUUCAUCUUACCUAAACCACAGCAUUUUCCUCUGUAGCCACACGGGGGCAUCUUUGGCCUUUGAUCAAGCACCUUAACUUCACUGCAGAAAUAGAUAAAAUGUGUCUUUGAUAUUUUCUUGAAAUAAUCCCAUUUGCUACCCAGAUAAUGUUUUUUAUACAAACAAGUACAUUUUCACAUAAAUAAAAUUUGAAAUAAAAAAGUAGAAAGACCACCCCGUGGUCUUUUUAUCUGGGCAUAGUAUUUCAACCUUUUAUGUUUCUUUGUGGUCUCAGUUGACAGUAUUUUCUUUUAUUUCCAUGUGUCCUGCUAGUCUAGAAGAUAUCUAGGUUGGGUCAGUCUUUUGGAUUAACUUUUAUCCAGUUAAUGGAGGUACUGGGGGGGGCACUAUUUGUUUAUCUUAAUCAGUAGUUUUCCAGAAGUCUGGAGUUCCAGGAAGAGUUAAAAUGGAGAGUUCUAAGAAACUGUUCUCAUUGUUCUUUUGUCUUUAAAUUCUUGUUUUGGUUUAUCUGACUGGUCGACUAGUGUAUAUGUUGUGUACUUCAGAAGUUGGCACAGUUGGCUCUGUGUUGUGUACAUUAUAUAGGUUAGCUAGGCCUUGUUUCCCACAAGGGAUGUUUCUCUGUGGAACAUAGAUAUUACUCGCUCUGGUGUCUGUGUGGGUUCAAGGAAAAGUUCCAUCUACCCUUAUUAUUAUGGCACAGAAUGAGAGGUGAUGGGUGGCCACCCAGGAGAUCUCUCUGCACAUUAGGAGGAGAAAGGUCCAGUUUGGAAAAUAAGGAGCCCUCUUGGAGAAGGAAAGUCUCAAAGGUGCAGCAGGUAAGGCCCUUCAGGAGGUACCCCUAGGAAAGGGCCAUGACCAUAUCUUGUUUAGAGAAGUUGCUGCCCAGGAGAUUGGGUUUGCUGAACGGGCCCUAACCCUAGUAAAACACAGAGAAUGAAUUGGCUUUUGCCUCCUGGAACAGAGCGUGGGUUGUCUUGAACCUUUCUAAAUGCUCCCCAGUACAAAGUCUUGGUGCUAGUGCCAGCACAGUAUCUGAAAGCCCUGUGUGGGGUUCACCCCACUAGCAGCAGGGCCUUACACACAUACGGAGAGCUCUCGCUCUGCUCUGUGAAGACAUUCAGAUCUUCUGCUGUGACUCACCCAAAUGACUAAAACAGCAGUUUAUUUUUUUAAUUACUGGUUGGAACAGCUAAUGCUCCCUUUUGGAACAGCUAAUGCCGCCUUCUGGAGGCUGUGCUUUUACUGCAGGGGACUUUGUUGUGACUGAGUAAGGCCCUUGCACCUCUGAAUGCCCUUUGAGGUGUGGCCUAUCUGCCUCUCCAUCCAGGCGAAAACAUUAGGGACUCUAGGCUCUCCCUGGGGAAGUAGAGGGUCACGGGUGCUUGUUGUGAGCCAAGAAACUGAGAUAAGAAGGAGUGGACCAGAAACUGCUGCUGGACUUGGCAGAAUUGGCUUGUAUAUGAUGUUCCCAAGAGGACAAAGGAUAUUUAAUCCCAGAUGCUUCUCCAGCACCCUAGGAGAAUGAAAAGCAGAAAGGAGACUUUGCGUCAUGAGGCCUGGCUUUGUGUUCCGGUUCACUCGCGGGGUAAGUCAGUUUCACUAAGCCUUGGCUUCCUCAUACAAAAGAUGAAGGAUUCUUGCUUCGUAGAGUUGUAGCCGCAGUUAAGUGAGAGAAGUACUAAGACACCUGGAGGAGUGCAUAAGCAGAGCGGCCUUCUCGACUUGCUCAUCUCUUUGUAUUCUUCUUUGAGUUUUCCAUUUCUGGUCAGAACAUCUUACGGAUUCAUGUCCGAAGGCCAAGACCACAAGUGCAGAAUUGCAGGUGUAGAGUGCCACUUCUUGACCAAGAACAAAACCUAUGCUUCCAGGUACUGGAGUGACAAACAGGGAACCAAAUUGAUUGGCCAUCUUCUACAUAAAUUGUCUCACAGCAGUGGGGUGUCCCUCUGUGAUAGCUUUAAAAAAUGGAAGCUUGGAGAGCUUAAGUGACUGGCCCUAAGGUUAUCCACAGAGCUAAGUCACAGAGAUGGGGUUUGAACUCGGGUCCAGAAAUCUGAGACUGAGGUCUUGUACCAAAUCUCAAGAUCUGUAACAAACACUACACUUAAAUGGAAAUGGACCUUUAGGCUCAACCGACCUACCUCUAGGGAGGGGACUUCUAUUACAUGGUGCAGGGAGGAGAGAGAAAAAGCAUCUCUCAACCAGCUUCACUUUAUUGAGCACUUUAAGAUAGUAGUAUUGUCAAGCCUGUGAUCAAUGAGCAAGGUUUGAUAAAUGAAAUUGCUUAUAAUUAGUUCUUAAUUUAUGCUACCAAAUCUUCAUAGAAUUUUGUAUUUGGCAGCAGUGCAGAUAAUUAAGUAGUUAGUGAAACCACAUAAUAAAAUGUCUAGUGCAAGCACAUGUUGGAUCAGAAUCAAUGUAAAAUAACUGAUAAUUAGGUAAUGACUCUUUGACAACACAUAAUUGUAUAAGGGAAGAAGGGUUUUACUUUUUUAAUAUUUUAAUAGGCAGCUCCAAAUAUUUCACUUACAGAAUUGAUGUGCUUUUUGAUCUUGCUGGAGAAAGUCACGAUUGUCAGAAAAACAGCAAGUCAUCUUCCCCAGGUAGGGUGAAUGAACUCAUGUAAGUCUAGAGGAAAGAAAAGGCUGCCUGCCAUCUGGUGGACCCAUUCAGGGAGUGUGGCCCAAGAGUGUAGAAACGAGAGCCAG